UCCUUUUUUCAUUAUCUCUUGCUCCAUUUCUCCCACACACACGGCAAAUAAAGCAGCUUAUCACCUCAGUGGCCAAUAUGAAUGGGACACAGUUUACUGUCCGACCUCCAACCAGCCCAAACACCUCCACCAGCUCUUGGCAGGACGAGGCAGUCAGAGGAGUCAACAUGGCAGCUACUUUGCUCAUCUUCCUGGUGGGCGUUCCUCUAAAUGGGCUGGUGGUCUGGGCACUUGGACUGCGGCAUAAUCGUCACCUGGCGCGCAGAGGCAGCAGUGAGGAGACACGCGCUGCCAGCAGUUUCCGGAUUUAUGUCCUGAACCUGGCCCUGGCUGACCUGCUGCUGCUCCUGCGUACCCCCCUCAUGUUGGGCUACCUUGCUUACGGCUACAGCUGGCCGUUUGGUCGCGUCUUCUGCCAACUGACCAUGUUCCUGCGAGGCCUGGGGUUAUACGCCUCCGCUUUCCUCCUCUGUGCGGUGGCCCUGGAGCGAUGCCUGUGUCUGCUGAGGCCUUUGUGGGCUCGACUGCGACGCCCCUCCUGGGCUGUUCCUCUGGCCUGUGGCAUCUUAUGGCUGAUUGCCACCAUCUUGUCUGCCCCCUACCUCCACACUGCCAGCCUGAAGGAAAUUAACGGGACAUACCGGUGCCUGGAGAGUGUGACGUUUGACAUGGCGCUGUUUGUCACAGAAACAGUAGCAGGUUUCAUCUUGCCCUUGCUGGUGUUCUUAGGAAGUAACCUGGCUGUUUUGCUCACCAUUCAGCAAGCAGUACUACCCUCAACACCCACCUCCUUCACCCCUUCAACUGCUCGCCGGAUGACCAGGAUGUACCACGUGCUGUUUGUCACCAUGCUUCUCUUCCUCACCUGCUGGGUGCCAUAUUUUGUUUGUCGGUUCCUGCUGGCCUUGGCUGAGGGGCGAUCUGAAUGGGCCACGCUGAAAAAAAGAGCAUAUCUUGGCAAAUACAUAUCUCUGUACCUCGUGUACAUUAAAUGUGCUCUUAACCCGGUGCUGUACGUGUUCGCUGCCCGAGGCUUAGGCCGUGCUAUCAAAGCUUCAGUUGUCUCCACUGUUGAAAGACUUUUCAAUGACGACUCCUUAGAUUCUAUACGACGGAAGUCAAUUAAGAAUUCGCUGAAAAACUCACAGAUGUAGUAGAGAGGUCACCAACAAAUCAAAUCAUUAAUUCCUUUUGAUUUUUGAAAAAUGUCAAGUCUUAAAUAUGACUUUUGACUGGUUGGUUUCUCCAUUAGUGCAAUUGUGAGCUGUGUAAAGCAAAGUAUGUGCUUUAGGCCAACGUUUUCCAAAUGGGUCUAAAUACCACAGCAAAUGGAGAAAUAGGCGAUUAUUAUUAAUAGUAUAUUUCCCAUAUGUAGAGAUGUAAUGUUGACAGAUUUGACCAUAACUUAAGAGUGAUCUCCAAUGGAGGAUCCUUGGCUUGAAACAGUUUGAUGCCUGAAAUGCUUCUGCUGCAGCACGUUGAAGGCAGGGUCAUAAUUGGGCGUAAAAAUGAAUUCAUGAAUCAUCUUGUCUAGUUAGUUCAUGGGCAGGGAACACCUUCAUGGUAAACAAGCCAAAAGUGAACACAGAAUUAUUUCAGUGCUAGUUUCCUGGCCCCCGGGGGAACUUUACUGUAUUAUCGCAGUAUGGUCCGAGGAACGGAAAGGAAUUCUUGGCAUCUUAUCCGUAUCAACAGUGACUCAGAUCAAAUAAUCUGCUGAACUCACGCUCAAGAUGUCCAAAACAAAAGUGGUCCUCGUCUAUAUAUCUGGUACUAGUUGUAGCUAUAAAACCAAUGAAUGUAUCUAUGUCUAUGUAUCUAUCAUAACAUGCUGCGCAGAAAGUAAAUAUGUUGCACCUUCUUUAUCUCAUUAUGAACACAACUAUGUCUGACUAGACUGCACGGAUGGCUUUAUUACUUUUUUUUUUUGUUCAUGAAUGCAUGACCUGUCAUUGUUGAGGAAAGGGAUGAAACUGUAAGUAGCACUUUACGUUUAUUUUCUUUCUACUUCAAAACACGAAUAAACAAAAGUCAAUUUC